AUGAGAGCUGUGGUCUUCUUGCUAUGUCUGGGCGUAGCCCUGGCCCACGAGAGAGGCAAUUUCGAACAUAUCAUUGAGAUCAACCGAGAGGCCGGCCAUGGCGAUCUGUUUGAAGGGGAUAUACCGUGCGAGGAUAACCCAAUGUACGAAGAGACCAAGUGCAGCGAGUGGGCCUCGUGGGGGCAGUGUGAAGACAACCCUGAUUUCAUGUGGUACUACUGCAGAAUGACUUGCGGCAAAUGCGACUGGUUCCCUACCGUAGAUGCAAUCUACGCAGCGUUCGAUCAAUACAACGAGCACACGUGCAUCCGCUGGGUGCCGAGGACUACAGAGACAGACUACGCUCACAUAUCACGUAGUUACGGCGGGUGUUGGUCUUACGUCGGUAGACUAGGUGGCAAGCAGGACCUCUCCUUGGGCGAAGGCUGUGAGUCCACGAAAACAGCAGUGCAUGAGAUGAUGCAUUGUGCCGGAUUCUAUCACACACAGUCACGCACCGACCGUGACUACUACGUGAACAUUUACGAAGAGAACAUGUAUGAAGGAACAGAGUACAACUUCGCCAAGUACACCGCGGAUCAGGUCGACCUGUAUGGAUACUACGACUUGUACUCGAUCAUGCAUUACGACUGCUACUCCUUCUCUAAGAACAACGAACCGACCAUCACCGCCAAGAAUGAUCCUUCCUGUAACACACCACUGGGACAGCCCUACGUAGGCGGUGGUUUCAGGCAGUCCGACAUUGACAAGCUGAACUCUAUGUACAACUGUUAGUAAUAACAUGCUGGACGCCGAUUUGACAUUCCCACAAUCACUGUUAUACUGACUCAGAAGAGUAUUGUAAUAAUCUUCGUUAAAUAAUUCACAUUCACGACAAUUCCUUCGUAAUAUCUUGGUAAUUAAUCUCUAAGAUUAUUACAUUUUAAUAAUCAAUCCAGUCUAUUUAAAUCAUCUGUCGAUCUUAAUGCCCUCGUAAGUUUUUUGGAGAAAUUAAUGGUGUCAAUAUAUUGAAUAAAUUUACA